GCCUCAUCUUUUUCUUUUUCCUUUUUUCAACCUUUUAGCCUUUUAUUUUAACCACACAUAUAUAUCUUAUUCUUCAUUCUCUCUUAUGUGUUGUAUAUUAUAGGUUUUCUUGUGUUUUUUCAAGUGUGGAACUCGCUUCAUCUCUCUCUCUCUUUCUCUCUCUCUCUAUAUAUAUAUAUACAUAUAGUGUGCAGCACCAACAAUAACAAACAACAACAUCAACAUCAUGUCUAAGACUCAAGAGAAUGAUCAAGGUAUCAUGCUAUUUGGAAGAAAGAUUCCAUUGCCUGAAUCUCAGAUUCCAGCCAUCUCUAGACACAUCAUGGACCCAGAGCAAGAAAUGAGUUCCUCAGAUUCAAGGGAUGAUAAAAAAGGUUCGCAACAUAAUGAUGAAGCAACAAAUGAAGAAGACAAAACCAUGAAGAAACCAGACAAGAUUAUUCAGUGUCCAAGAUGCAAGAGCAUGGACACAAAAUUCUGUUACUUCAACAACUACAACGUCAACCAACCGCGCCAUUUCUGCAAGAACUGCCAGCGCUACUGGACAGCCGGCGGAACAAUGAGGAAUGUCCCCGUUGGCGCCGGCAGAAGGAAGCACAAGCACUUGGCUUCACAGUUCCGCAGUGUCCUAGUAGCCGCGGCCGCAGCCGCAGCCGCGGCCACCCGAGUUCCAGAAUCCACAAACUCAUCGUCAAAAAAUAAUAAUAGUGACAAUGCUAGUGGUACCGUGUUGGAAUUUGGUCAGGAAAGAGGAAUUGUGAAUGAAAAUUCGUCUAUCAUUUAUUGUACUGAAUCUGAGGAGGAAUCAUUAUCGUUGUGUACUAACAAUAAUAAUGAAUCUUCUUCAGAACACAACAACAACAACGCAUCAAAAUUGUUGCAAUGUUACCCUGUUCCUCCAUGGGUUAUGCCUUGGAACAAUGUUGUUCCACAACAUGGUCCAAACUCAAUUCAAUGGUGUCCAACACCAAUGGUGGCAGCAGCAACAAUUCCAGUUCAUCUUGUUCCAGGGCCAUACUGGGGUGGAACACCUAUGUGGGUCGCACCUGGACCUGCACCGGGGAAUGUGUCAAUAGGAUCCAAUCAUAGCCGUUCAUCGCCUUCUUCGUCCACUAGUAAUAACAAUAGCUGCUAUUCCGGCAACCGGAAUUCUCCAAUACUUGGCAAGCAUAGUAGAGAUCACAGUACUGUUUUCAUUGAUGAACAGAAAUCAAGUAAAUGUUUCUUGGUUCCGAAGAUUCCGAGAAUUGAUGAGUCAAAUAAUAAUGAGGCUUCAGUAAGUCCUAUUUGGGCUACAUUGGCAUGAUACAUGAUACAUGAUAACAUUGUAUAUGAUCAUCAAAUGUUGAUAUUUUGGAGAGAAUAGAAACUAAAGGCAAAGAGAAUUUAUUACAUGGGACUGAAAUCUUAGAAGCCAAUUAAUCCAGCACCUAUUUCUCGUGCUCACACGUUAUUACACGAGAGCUUAUAAUUAAAGAGUUGUGUUAUACGUGUAUAUAUACUCAUGUUAGUUUAUACUUUAUCUGCUACUGAAUUGCAGGUGUAAUCAUUUAUACACAAUUUAAAUAUG